UCAGAAGCUCCUCUUGUAAACAGAGCAGCGUUGCACAGCUCUGAGCCCAGCUGGGAGAGGAAGACACUGCCUGUGUCUGAGUGCCUGCCACUGCAGGCAGCUGAGAGCAGUGAAGCCACACACUGCUCUGCUCUCUGCUUCCAGCUCUGCCAGGUGUGAGCGAGGGCUCCAGCAAGGCAGAGAGUGGGGAAAGAGCUGCUGCCUGCUGCCCUCACUGCUCACCUUGCUCGGAUGACUUGAGCAGGAAUAUUUGCUUGGGGAGAGGGUGAAGAGCUUGGAAAGAUGAUUUAAAGUCAAGGAGCUGUCUUCAAGUGCCCAAGCCUGAUAUUCUUAGCAAACAGCAGUGCUCAAAGGUGGAGGACAAUACUGAAGCACUCUGGAACCAAGCAGCCUCCCAACACUGAGGCAGCAGCUGUUUGGGACCUCUUGGAAUCACAAUCCUGGGAAGAACAACAACAAACUCAGGAGUACCAUGGACUGAAAAGCAAAAUAACAGCCAUUGCCAAGCUGCCAGCUGCCACAUCGACUUGGAAACUGAGGUUGGACACUGCUGGAAAGCAUUCUGAAAGGAAACAACCUGUGCUGGCCAGGUCCUGGGAGGGCAGGUGGCCAAGAGCGGCCUUUCCUUUCUUGCUCCAUUAUGAUCUCUGCUUAAGUGUGUGGAAGAGGCAGAAAAGGCUUCUGUUCAUUUCUGCCCUGUUCUGCUGCCAAAAGCAAACAAGCCACUUUUGACCAGCAGUCUUCCUGAAGAAUGUCUGGGCAGGACACUGAGGACUUUGGAGCAGAAAACCUCUCGGAGAAGUCUCGGAUGAUUCCCAGCCUCCCACCCUACGACAUCGAUGACCAACUCCUUCCCAGGGAGCCACGGAGCGCCUGGUGCUGCUUGGCAUGGGCCCUGCUGAUAGUCACCAUGAACACCUUGGUCUUUUUCAUGAAUUUGCUCUUGAUGUUUGUCAUCUUCACCAUUGUCCUGCUUCCUACCAUCGUGGUGGUUUACUUUGGCUUCCAGUGCCACUCCAAGGUGCUGCACUCAGCUGCCCGCUACUGCAGAAGCUUCUUGGAUGACAGCAGCUCCUCUGCCCUCAUUAUCCUUGGCUUUGUCAUCAUGUCCCCUCUGAUAGUGGCAGCCAUGGCCAUCUACUGCAGCCUGGCCAGGCGCUUCCGUCUCUUCAUGUGCUUCCAGCCCUGCAGCAGGGCUGUGUACAAGGGGGUGAAGUGGCGCUGGUACGAGGAGGGAGGCCUCUGCCGCUGUGCCAGGGGGUGGAACACUCAGGUCAAGGCCUGGGUAUGAGUUGGCAGCACCAGAGACCCUGCCCUAGCCAGCACCACCUUCUCCCUGACCUGUCCUUCCCCACCAUCACCUCCCAGAAUCACCACCCCGAGGUCUCUGCAGGCUGUGUAGGACCUAGAUGGAGGAAGGGAGAUGCACUAAGUGAGCCAUCUCCUGCAGGUAGGACUCUGCCCACCGUGAGGGAAACAGGGAAAACACAAAUCCCUGGUGGCACAGAGAGUGUUCAGCCCUGGAAGGAGCAUGGACUCCUCCCAGUGCUUGUUGCCUCCGGAGCACAGCACCACUUCCAGCCUUGACAGCAUGUUCAGCCUUACCUGAGGGGCAUGGAGCACCUGAAUAGGACCACACAGGGGUGGGAGCAGCUGCUGACCUUGCUCCAUGCCUUGGAGAGGACCUUUUGGGAAAGGCAGCCCCUGGGGAAACAUCCAGCCAGGGAGGGACCUGUGCUUUGCCCAAGUGCUGGGGUGCCCAUGUUUCUGAGCUCCCUCAAGGGUGCCUGUAGGUCACUGCCUCUGUGAUGCCUGAGAUCCACACUUUCCCACCCACCAGAUACUCCCCUUAGCAAUCCCUCUUUCCCCUCAUCUACAGCAGUGCUUGAGCUCCUUUUGCUGUUGCUGAGUGCUGUGAAUCUUUUGGUGUCCCAGCAAGGCUGGAUGCCUGGAGCCAUUCCAGCACUGGCACUGUGUUGUGUCAAACAAGGACCGAGUGGGGCCACAGACACUGACUGGCCCUCAGGGAGAUGCAGGUAGGCAGGAGGGUGGUGUCUGCUGUGCUGGGGGUGGCAUCUGCCAUACCCAGGCUGAUGUGUGGGGUGGCUGCAGUGUGUUCCUGGAACAGAAGCUGUCUCUGGGAGAGCUGCUGGGCAGGAGGACCCAGCCUGUGCCUCCUCCUGUGGUGCCGCAGGACUCCCGCGGGGUCUGAACUGCUGCUUAGCUAAGUCAGCUGGAUCUCCCUCUUGACCUCACUGGUCUCUGCAGUAAGAUCACAGCUCCUCUGUCACUAAAUUGCCCUGAGUGAGGAGCAGAGUGUGUGUGAGAAGGUCUGGCAUGGCAGCUGGAUGCAUGUUCC